AUGUGCGCCGAAAAUGUCAGCAGCUUCACCACAGAUGACGCCACAGCAGUGACUCCACCUCAAACCGCAGACAAAGGUCAAGUUGCCGCCCGUAUGCAUCCCUGGUGUUCACACUUAUCUCCAUGCCUGUAUAAAGUAUGGCGCAAGGCCUCCACAUUUCUCAUCGUAUCUUUCAUAGAGCCUUCGCAAGACCGGAUUGACUCAAGGGUGUUGAGGCUACUGUGGCGUAAGAGAUUCGCAUUGAUUGAGGCGCAGAGUGCUGCUUGCUUCGCCAAUACAGGCUUCUAUAUUGCACUGUCUACCGGCGUGUCGGUAACCAUCAAGGUACGAACCGGUAGCCCAACGCGCGCCCUUGGUGUGAAAGCUUUCCAGCAGCUUCUACUGCUGCAGCUUUUGCGCUUCUAA